AUAAUAAAUUACAAAUUGCAUUAGUCUGUGGUUGGCUGUCGCGAGAAUUUACGUGUGUUCAGGUUCAGGAAUUCAGGUUUUGAAUUUGAAACAACGAAAGGUUUGCGGCUAAAGGUUUCGUUGAUAUAAUAUAAUAGAAAACAUUAAUACUUAGUAGUACCCGUUUGUCAUAUUAAUAAAGAAAACAAAACUUUAAAAGAAAUAAAAAUAAGUAAUAUAAACUAUAUUUUAAAAAUCCAAAAUGAGUACAACCUCAAACUUAAUUGUUUCAUCGCCACACGUGAAAUAUACUGACGAUUACAUAUUUUCUGAAUACGAAUAUAACGAAACAUUAGUAACAAAAAAGGAUAAUGAAAUUGUGGCCAAACCAUACAACACAUCGCUAUCAAUCCGUACUGGUCGGAAAAUAGGAAAAGUGGGAGUGAUGCUAGUGGGCUGGGGGGGUAACAAUGGUUCAACAUUCACAGCAGCUGUUCUGGCUAACAAACACCAGCUCACGUGGAACACUAAGAAUGGUCAAAUGGAUUCCAAUUGGUUGGGUUCCAUAACACAAGCAUCGACGGUACGGCUCGGUAUCGACGAGAAAGGACAGGAUGUUUUCGUUACAAUGUCUAAACUUCUGCCGAUGGUACAUCCGGAUGAUUUGGUGAUCGACGGAUGGGACAUCAGCCCAUUGAAUCUCGCAGACGCAAUGGUCCGCGCCAAGGUCAUCGACUACGACCUCCAGCAGAAGCUUCGCAAGGAAAUGGCGACGAUGCGUCCUCGUCCCGCGAUAUACGACCCCGACUUCAUUGCAGCGAACCAGGCGGAUCGCGCAGUCAACCUCAUCAAGGGAACUAGAUAUGAGCAGUAUCUUCAAAUCCGAGCUGACAUCAAGGACUUGCGAGACAAGAAUAAGUUGGACAGGGUCAUUGUGCUUUGGACGGCCAACACUGAAAGGUUCUGCGAAGUUACCAAAGGAGUUCAUGACACAUCCGAAAAUUUGGAGCGCGCACUCCGCCAUAACAAUCUCGAGAUAUCGCCGUCGACGAUAUUCGCACUGGCUGCCAUCGACGAAGGGUGUUGCUACAUCAAUGGUUCGCCGCAAAACACGAUAGUCGAUGGUGUUGUCGAGCGAGCCGAAAAAAUGGGCGUGUUUGUAGCCGGAGAUGACUUCAAGUCUGGUCAGACUAAACUGAAGUCUGUUCUCGUUGAGUUCUUGGUUUCGGCGGGUCUGAAGCCAGUGUCGAUCGUGAGCUACAACCAUCUCGGUAAUAACGACGGCAAGAACCUCUCCGCCCCGAGACAGUUUCGCUCCAAGGAGAUAUCGAAGAGCAACGUGGUGGACGACAUGGUGGCCUCCAACUCGGAGCUGUACGCGCCCGGGGAGAAGCCCGACCACGUGGUCGUCAUUAAGUACGUGCCCUAUGUCGGAGACUCCAAGCGUGCCAUGGACGAGUACACGUCGGAGAUCCUGCUGCACGGCACCAACACGCUCGUGGUGCACAACACGUGCGAGGACUCCCUGCUGGCCGUGCCGCUCAUACUCGACCUCGUCGUGCUCACCGACCUCUUUUGCAGGGUCUUCUACCGCAAGAACGAAUCCGAAGAGUGGAGCCCGAUGCACGGCGUGCUGGCGGCGCUGGGCUACCUGCUGAAGGCGCCGCUGGUGCCGCGCGGCGCGCCCGUGGACCACGCGCUCGGCGUGCAGCGCGCCGCGCUCGCCGACCUGCUGCGCGCCUGCCUCGCGCUGCCGCCCGCGCACCGCAUGCGCCUCGAGCACAAGAUUCCGUUUCUGAUGUCGGAUCUGCGCUCGGGCGUCAUGUUCGAGUCCUCGCCGCCUCCCAAGAGACAGAAGUUAACUCAAGAAAAUGGCGAUAAGUAAUAUGUAACAGAAUAUUUCAAUAUACAUA